AGUGAGGAUCUGGCGGCCGGCUUCAAGUCCUGUAGAACCCUCUCUGCCCUGAGGUUCCCUAACGGAGUCUCAAACCCCCGGCAAAGAUGGCCUGGAGACAGCUGCUCCUUGCCUCCGGGCUCUUAGCUGCUGUGCUCCUGACCAUGCUGCAGGAGGGGACUGGUGCAUCAGUGGGUACCCAGCAGGUAGCAGAACAAGAGGCCCAGGAAGGUGAGUGCAAGAGUCACCGAAGGGUGCAAAGCAGGUGGGCCAGCCACUGUAGUAGCCCUGGGGAACUUGCAUCGGUCAUGACUGGCCUCUCUCGGGUUUCAGAUGUGGAACAGAAGAUUUUCAUGCAGGAAUCAGAUGCCUCAAAUUUCCUCAAGAAGCGUGACAAGCGGUCCCCCAAAUCCCGAGAUGAGGCCAAUGUGGAAAACAGGCAGAAACUGCGGGCUGAUGAGCUGCGGAGAGAGUACCAUGAGGAACAAAGGAAUGAGUCUGAGAACUUCGUAGAGGAACAAAAUGACGAACAGGAAGAGAGAAGCCGGGAAGCUAUUGAGCAGUGGCGCCAGUGGCAUUAUGAUGGCCUGUACCCAUCGUAUCUCUAUAAUCGCCACCACAUCUGA